AUGGGAAGUGUCCGGGAAGCUUAUCUGGCGGCACGGAAAAGGAAAAAUUGCUCGAAAAAGCAUGCAGAGGAGAGGAGGGGUGGAUUUCUAUUCACAAUUGACGAUACCACACUUGCACCUCACAACCGUUCGCGUCAGCAAAACAAUACUGUCCCCAUUCAAGACUCUGCAAUGUUAACGGUACCGCCAUCGGACACUGAAGAUACAACAGAAGAUAAGAUUAUCUGGUCAUCAAAACGAUACAUCCCGCUUGAACUCUUCCCACACAUGCUUGGAGACGAUCCGGACCAACCCCCAACGCAAGAAGAAAUUGACUCCUGCAACUCGAUUGCUCGAGGUUUCAAGUACUUUGACCACGGAAAGGUUGUUAUACACGACAAAUUAGAUAAAUCCAAAAUAAUAGCCCUCAUAGAAUUCACCUCAUUUGAUGAUGCAUCUCUCGCCAAACUCGAUGAAAUCACCACCGUCACAAACUUUUUGCACUCGAUGAAACAUUUUGUUAAUGCUGUUGGGUCUGAGGCACGGUCCUGGGGAGGCAAGAUGUUUGCUAUAGGUUGGCGGAAGGCAAUGGUUGCAUUCCAGCUUUUAGGGCUCUACCGGAAUAAAGCAGUGAUUACCCGACAUCCAGAAGAGUACAACCAACUUAUGGAACGCUCAUCUCACGUUUCGAGUAUCCUUGGCAGAAUGUUCCGGCGGGUUGCCAAUGUGGCUUUCUCGGACAAUCAAGAACUCAUGCAACAAUACUCAAUCCCAUUGCUUGGGCAUCCGGACUUCGACUUGCCAAUUGGAAAAGACGAUUGCGCUCCCAACCUCACAUUCACUGCUGGGGGAUUUUUCAACCCCCCACACUGUGACCGUCAAGACCUGUCAGAGUUUGCCUUCGGCCUAUUCCUACCUGUAAAUAGGCAUGACUGGUCCGUUCCAACGUUGAGUACUCACUCGAACCUCUCUGGUGGAGCUUUUGUCUUCCCAGAUUACAGGUGUGGUAUUGAUUUCUCCAAACACCAUGUAUUCGUCAAACUCGUUUGGCGGGCACACGAGGUUCGACAUUGCACCUUACACUUGCAGGAUGACUUGCCUUAUGACCGGCUAGGAUUGUCACUCCAGAUCAAUAAGAAAACUGCCACAACCUCCCAAGAUACAAAGAGUGGUGCAGUUUUCGAGCGGCCCCCAUACAAGAAUAUCCCAAAAGAUAAACUCUACAUUGGUAAUCUCAAGACUUACGUUAAAGGAACUCACUAA